GGUAGUGAAGAGAUUACAGAAGAGAAAAGUACUGGACUGUAUGGAGCUGUCGUUAUGGUUGUGUUAAAUAGAUUUACUGUCUGUUUAGUAGUGUUGCAAUUGCUAUAACAUAACUGCAAAAGGCAUAUUUUUGGAAGGAAAAAAAACAAAAUUUUGGUGCAUUAUCCCACGUGACACAACCCUUGCAGUGGCGGAAGUGGCCUGACUGAUUGGAAAUCUCCCGGCCUGAAUUUCUUUCCCAGUCCGGCCCUGUAUGUACGCAUUUUGUCAGUUUCUUUUGGAAACAUCUAAAUAACGGUGUUGAGAAAAGUCAAGUGCAAUGUUAUCUUUAAGAUUAAGUGAGUGUUGAGAAAAGAUGUACAGAAUGAAAAAGUCAACUUUGAUUUGAUCAGUCUCACAGAAAUCUUUUAAAAGAUGUUAUAUUUCCAGGAUCCACUGGUGUAUGCUGAUAUUGCAGACAGUGCAGGGAAAGACAUGUGUUUUUCCUUUUUUCCCCCAUAUAUCCCGUCUGUUGCUUGUCCGUUCCGAGCGGCUGUUUAUCUGGACAUACUGCUGUGUAGCCCACUGUUGACACUGCUCUCUUACUCUAAAAUAAGGAAAAGAAAGAUUUCAGAUGAACCCUAAUAUAAGGAAUAAGUUUGAUUCAUAUAAAUUCAAUUGUCUAGUUAAUCAGACUAAGCCCAAAAGCAUGAUGUGUAGAUAUCACAGCUUUACCACACACAUUUCCAAACUGAAUUAUGUUUCAUUUUCAGCAGCCCUUUUGUGGUGAUUGUCUUAAAAUCCCACUGAUGUCCUCACCCUCCUCUUACUAGCAAUUUAAUUAUUCUAAAAAAAAAAAAUGAGUAUGUGUUAACUUAGAAUUGCUUUUUGAUUGCUAUAACACCUCUGGGUCUUUCAAAAAUCUUGUCCUGUUGCUUUCUUUCCUCUCAGGCUCAGGGAUUCCAGAGGUGAGAACCAUGCUGGCUGGCAUUGAAAUGCCGCAUUACUUAUCUCUUACUAAUAUGUUUACCAAGUUCUUGGCCCUUAUCUGUACCCUUGCAGCCGGCAGCACUGCUUUCUGGGUAAAGUGGUAAGGCACAACUAAGGAUAUCGUUGUCACAAAAAUAUGCAACUAUACAUAAUAUCUAUGCAGCUAGUUGUCUGCUGUCUGCUUUAUCAUGGAUUUCUAUAUUUCUGUACAUCAGGGUCCAUUUGUACAUCUUUCCACCAUGCUGGGAGCCUACCUGAGCAAGCUCUGCACUCUUCUACAAGCCAAUAAGAUGGAGAAAGCGGAUGAUGAGAUGCUGGUUGUAGCUGCUGCAGUCGGCGUAGCCAGCUGCUUUGGAGCUCCCAUUAGUGGUGUGCUGUUCAGUGUGGAGGUGAUGAGUUCUCACUUCGCCCUCAGACAUUACUGCCCAUGCUUCUUCUCAGCUGCCUGUGGGGCGUUGACCUUCCGCCUGCUCUCAGUGUGGAGUGGAGAUGGAGAGACUCUUCAGGCAUUGUUCAAAACUAAUUUCCCCACUGCUGUACCUUUCUACCCACUCGAGAUUCUACUGUUUGCCUUCCUGGGGCUGCUGUGUGGGGCUGUGAGCUGCUGCUACCUCUUCUGCCAUCGACUGAUUCUGCGUUUUACCAAAACAAACACAGUCUUCAUCAAGAUGCUGACAUCAGAGAAGGGUCUGUACUCGGGUAUGGUGGUUUUCUUCCUGGCAUCGCUGACGUUUCCAUAUUCUGCUGGUCAAUUCAUGGCUUCUAAGUACACCAUGAAGCAGCUCCUCACUUCCCUGCUGGAUAACGGACAAUGGAACUCCCAAUUCCGCAAUGCCUCUGUGCAAGCUGAGCCUUCGCUGGCAUGGAGCUCAUCAGGGAUUCCUGUCUACCUCUCUUUGACUUUCUUUCUGCUCAUGAAGAUGUGGAUGCUGGUCCUCGCUUGCACUCUUCCUCUGCCUGCUGGAUACUUCAUGCCAGUGUUUGUCUAUGGGGCAGCUAUUGGCCGUUUGCUUGGAGAAGGAGUAGUUUAUGUAUCUUCUGCUGAAGGGACAUCAGGCCAGCAGUGGGCUUCUAUAAACCCUGGAGGCUAUGCACUCGCUGGUGCAGCAGCUUUCUCUGGAGCUGUGACACACACAUUGUCCCCAGCUCUCCUGGCUGUGGAGUUAACUGGCCAGUUCAGCCAUGCUGUACCCAUCCUCCUCGCCACUCUGCUGGCCAAUGCACUGGCACGCUCUGGUCACCGCCCGUCUUUCUAUGACGCCCUCUCCAUCAGCAAGAGGCUCCCACACCUGCCCUCUCUGAGGAAGGCAAAUCCUCGGCUUCCCUCCACAGCAGUUGGACAGGUUUUGGGAGUGAAAUCAGUCCAGCUUCAAAAAGCAGCAGGGCCAGCGGAGGUUCAGCAUGCUGUCAAUAGCAGCACUGACACACAAAUCCCUGUGGUGGAGUCACAUGAGUCGCAGGUUUUGCUGGGGUUUGUUCUGCGACCAGAGCUGCUGAUGUUCCUGCAUCACUGUAAGGCUGAGAGUCUGGAGAAACAUCUGGAUGAGGUCUGCUGCAUUCACCCAACUUCUGUCCUGUUGUCACCUCACAACACUAUUCAGGAGGCUGUCAGUGUACUGACUCUAGUUGGAGCCCAGACCUUGUUUGUAGCAGACAGAGGAAGGCUGCUUGGCCUCAUCACAUGGCCAGAGAUAAAGAGAAUACUAGAGGACUUGGCCAAAGAAAUCUAAGCAGGAUCACACAGGAAAUGAACACAAUGGACGACCAUUUUAUGUUGCAAAUAUAAAUCAGUCUCUGUCUGAUUAGCUUGUAAGGAAGUCUUUGUUUAUUCGUGAUAGCAUCUCAUCAUUCCUCAAGUGUGACAAUAUUUACACAAUACUGUCAUUAACUGGAAACCCCUAUGAUAAACAUCAAUCUGAGCUCA